UCGACAAGAUACAACUUAUGAUAUAUCCGAUUUAUUGCUCGUGUUUUCUUUUCUUUUAUUUACUCGAAUCGCCUCCAAGUUGCGUGCGUCGCUUCGCGAUCAGUGCACGUGUGAUUUCCUAAAAUGCAAAUAAUAAAUGAGACACAGUGAUUUCGUUACAAUGCUUCGAUGACAGUUCGCAAGAUCAAGUGACAGAAAGAAAAACAUAACAAAACCUUGAUUCAGCGGAAGCAACCUCGUGGAGUUUCACAUUUCAAGAUAUCACGAGAGAUGAGAAAAGUGAGAACGAGAUAUAGUGUUAACGGCCUAUAAUCGUGCAGUUAUUGUGAAAACAGUGAUAAUUUCUAUUCACUACCACGCCCAGCCGGUCGACGACUGUAUGAUUUAUCGAGUGGAAAAAACAAAGUUUUAAGAGAUUUCGGUUUUUUUUGCGACCACGUUAAAAAUAUUGUUGUUGGUCAAGUGUCACGAGUAGUUGUUUCCCUUGUCGAAUUACAUUUGGAUGUUGCCGGGGAUCCGGCCUUUUAUUCGGUGGAUACGUUCGCAAAAGUGGAUGAAGGGCACAUGGCCCUGGACUAUGGUACUGUCUACAAUAUGCACCACACAAAUCAAUUAGAAGACGUGGGUUACAGAAGUGUUGAAAUAACGUCCGCUUUCACGCACCUGCCCCAAAAAGACAUGGCCAGAGAUACUCCAGGAUCGCCGAUUUCGCGGCCACGUGAUUUGGGUACAGGUGGUGCAACUGCCACCCUGACUUCCAGCACAUACCACACCUCAAGUACCGACCCCACAACGCUACACGAAAGGGCACUUCAGCAAAAAAUCCUCGAGCUACAGCAGCAGCAUCAGCUUCAGCAGCAGUUCCUCAGGCAGCAGUAUCAGGCCCAGGAACGACAGCUUGCAGAACUACAUGAACAGCAGAUGCAGCAGCUUAAGUUAUGGGAGCAGCAGAAACAAUUAGAAGAGCAGAGGAGAGAAAAGGAGAGGCUGGAGGCUCUCAGAAAAAAGGACAAACAUGAUCACAGUGCAGUUGCAUCCACUGAAGUUAAGCAACGCCUCCAGAGCUUCAUUGUCAACAAAAAACAAAGGGAGGCUGCAGCUGCAGCCAAUGGCGCUGUUCCUGGUUCUCCAGGAUACAGGAGCUGGUUGCAGUCCCAAUCGGAAUCAGGUAGCACGCCCAAUGCUUCCCAUCCUUACCGAAUGCCUCAUCAUCUGCAGGACAAAUUCAGUGAUGAUUUUCCCCUUCGAAAAACAGCCUCGGAGCCUAAUCUGCUGAAGGUGCGACUAAAGCAGCGUGUGAUGGAGAGGAACAUGGCCGCGUCCAGAAAUUCACCCCUCAUGGCACGCAGGAAGGACCGACUACUGUCGCACCUCAAGCGGAAGUCACUCCUAGCAAAUUCUGGCAGCAAUCCGGAAUCUGGGCCUAAUUCGCCUCCAACGAUGAACAAUUCCCAAUCGAGUCCAACAGCCGGAAGUAGUACGCCGAUCCAGGAGGAAGGUGAAAAUGCUCAGUAUGGAAGUCCACUAACUAGCAGUAGUCAGCAGGGAAGUCUUUCAGAUCUUUCCCUCUUUAGUUCGCCGUCCAUGCCCAAUAUUUCCCUGGGUCGACCUCAUGUGCCAUCAAGCUCGACGAGUGGUACGAAACUCGCACCAGUCUCAGAAGCUGAGGUCAGAGCAGCGUUCACCGCCCGUUUAGGGAUGCCACUUACCGGUCAAAUGUUGCCCGGGACUUUGCCAUUCUACCCAUCCCUCACAGUCAUUGAAGGCGAGCCAACGUACGUUCACAAGCAAAUGCAAAAUUUGGAGCAAGCGAUAGGCAAUAGGCAGCAUCCAAUGUACCACGGAAAUCCAAUUACGGACACUCAAGUAGCACACGCACGACUGCUUAAGGCUGGUCACCGGACUUUAGGUAGUGUUUUAGGUAGAACACAAUCCGCCCCUUUGCCUCUGGGGCAUCCAAUGCUCCAGAGUGGUAUGAUAGCACCACCGACUCACUAUGAAGAGUACCUGGCUGAGAAGCAAUUGCAUGAUCAGCAGCAGCAAGCACACAAUUACCUGAAACAGCAGAUCCGUCAGACGGUUCUAACUCGUGUUGGAUCCAGGGGACAGGCGAAUCAGCUGGACGAGGCUCCUGAGAGCGAGGAGUCAGAAGUGAUAGAUCUGACCGGGAAAAAGGACCUGCCGGAGGAGAGUGAGAUCUCCAAGCAGCAAAGGGAUCGGGAACAAUUUUUACAGCAGCAGAGGGAUCUUAUGAUGCGACACACUCUACAGAAUGAAUCCACGACCUACUCGGGCAGUAGGAGUAUACAAACUGCGAGGCCACUUUCCAGGACGCUCUCUAGUCCUCUAGUACAUUUAGGGCCUCAAGGAGGUGGAGGAGACGUGUUUGCCCGAGGCUCGCCGCACCGACCAACCACCGGUCUAGCCUACGAUCCCCUGAUGUUGAAACACGCCUGCGUCUGUGGUGAAACUGUGAGGGGUCACCCUGAACAUGGCGGCAGAUUACAGAGCGUUUGGGCCAGGUUAUCUGAAACCGGAUUGCUGCAGCGCUGCGAUCGUGUGCGAUCUCGAAAGGCCACUCUCGAGGAAAUCCAGACCUGCCACAGCGAGGCACACACUCUUUUAUUCGGCACGAAUCCACUAAAUCGACAGAAGCUGGACAUGUCGAAGCUCUCUCAGUUGCCGAUUAAAAGUUUCGUGCGAUUGCCCUGUGGAGGUGUCGGUGUCGAUUCAGACACAACGUGGAACGAAUUGCACACCGCGCCCGCUGCAAGAAUGGCAGUCGGAUGCGUGGUCGAUCUCGCUUUCAAAGCCGCCAUGGGAGACAUCAAGAAUGGCUUCGCCGUCGUCAGGCCACCAGGACACCACGCGGAAACAAAUCAAGCGAUGGGCUUCUGCUUCUUCAAUUCUGUCGCCAUCGCAGCCAAAUUAUUGCAACAGAAACUGGACACGCGGAGGAUAAUGAUUCUGGAUUGGGACGUUCAUCAUGGGAAUGGAACUCAGCAGAUGUUUUACGACGACCCGAGAGUUUUGUACGUCUCGAUACAUAGGCACGACGAUGGAAACUUUUUCCCGGGAACCGGUGGUCCAACGGAAAGCGGAACAGGCGAGGGUGUGGGUUAUAAUGUGAAUGUAGCCUGGUCAGGUGGGCUAAAUCCUCCGAUGGGAGACGCUGAGUACCUCGCGGCAUUUCGCACAGUUGUGAUGCCCAUUGCCAAGGAGUUCGACCCGGACGUGGUGAUCGUUUCGGCCGGUUUCGACGCGGCUAUUGGUCAUCCAGCGCCCCUGGGUGGUUACAAAGUCAGUCCAGCUUGUUUCGGUCGAAUGACGCAGGAACUGCUCACUCUGGCUGAUGGAAAAGUCGUUCUUGCUUUGGAAGGCGGAUACGAUCUUGCGGCGAUUUGCGAUUCGGCCCAAGAAUGCGUGAGAGCUUUACUUGGCGAUGAUCCUACGCCACUUCGCGAGGAGGAGCUAACGAGGGCGCCUUGUCAAAACGCAAUUGACACGCUACAAAAAACUAUCGCCAUUCAGAUGUCGCAUUGGCCAUGCGUUAAACUCGCUGCACACACUGUGGGUAUGAGCGCGAUUGAAGCAGGUCAGAAAGAGCACGACGAGACGGAAACCGUGUCUGCGAUGGCCUCUUUAUCCAUGCAGCAGCCCACAAAUCUCACAACCACACCAGAACAUUCCCGUGAAGUUUCCGAGGAACCAAUGGAGCAGGAUGAAGCGAAAUGAGGCGAAAUGCUGUAAUUAAUAAAUAUCUGUCAAUUUGUCGACUAAUACACUGCACAUGUUUUCGAAAAGCUUCUUGAAAAGAAAGCUUCUCAGGUCGAGCGAGGACAAUUUAAACGUUUGAUAACGUUUCAUCCAGAAAUCAUCGCAGGAUCAUCUUGGCAUGGAAGUCAUUUUGCGUCAGUCGUUUCUCUGAAACUUGAGCAAGUACUUAAAAAAAAAGACUUACUCCAAGUAUAACCAAAACUGCUUGCUUUUACUUAAAUGAAACAAGGCCUCGAAAGAUCGAGAGCUCACCAUUUUUGUAAUAUUUCCAGUUGGAGAAAAACGUCACUCUAAAAACGUUUUCCCCCGAAAAAAAAAAAUAUAUAUAUAACUCAUGACACAUUUCUAAUAGAGUCCAUCACGACUCGAAGAGUCGAAAAGAUUCCUGUUGCCCUGAAACGUACUGUUUGGCUUAUUUAUAUCGCGCAGAUAGACAUAAGACAAAAGUUUGAAGCUCUAUGACGAAGCAAAUGUGACACUAAAUGUUUCAGGGAAAAUCAUUGUUUUGGCUGGAUCGCGGGUCGAUUAUCAAGCACAUUUUCUAGUACAAGAAUGAACAAUUUUGUAGAAGCGAGCGUAAAACUUUGUUAUUGUAUGUUUAGAGAAAAGUAGGUUUUUUAUUCGCCAAGUCUGGUCUUAAGUUUAGCCUGGGAACGAACGGUAUUCUUAGUUAGAUAUGGAAUUGUGUCUUACGGCAACAACGAAAAUGAUUAAGAGACCUCAAAAUAUCGAUCAGAACUCUCAUUCUUUUCAAUUCUUGAAAAACUGUUUUAAUAUGGAGAAAUGUUCUCGAAAUUCGGCAAAUAACACUAAAUGUAUAUUUGUGUGUUUAAAAAAUUGGGACAAACGUCGAUUUAAAGAAUCUUGCUGGAUUAACGUUUACAAGUAACGUUUAUAAAUAGCUAAUGUAAAUAAUGUUUGUAAAUAACCUACAUGGAUAAAAUUAUAAAUAUUUUAUGUAUUCGAUACCAGGUUUUGAGCUCGUGAUUUACAUCCGCGAUGUAAUAAUUGGCUCGAGGGAAAUUUUGAGAGACGAAUGAAUUCAUAAAAGACAAUAGGGUUAGAUUUUGCAGUGCUCUGCCGUCCGUGCAGAGAGGCUCUUGCGCUUUGUGCUGGCCACGAGCGCACGAUUCCCUCCUCUUUUUUUUUGUGAAUAACUUUUGAGUUUUUCGAACAUUCUGACGAUCGUGCUGUUCCGUUUUCAGCGAGGGCUUGAAUGAAGUAGUUUUGUAUGAUUAAAUUAGUAAGAUGUUUCGUGUGAAGAAUAGAUGUAAGAUGAUGUGAAGGUGUGAUUGAUGGCUGUUGAUCGCGAGGAGAUGGCAAGCAACGAAUCGUUGCUCAAACGUGAUUCUUCUUAGAUUACUUGGUUUUUCUGCUGCGAACAAAGGCUGGUGCGAUUUUUGUGAUAUUUUGUAAAAAGUCUAAUAAGCUACGGUUAUUAAAUGAGCGUGUGUAUAAAUGUUUGAGCGCGCGCGCGCGCGCGAGAGAGAGAGAGCGAGAGAGAGAGAAAGAGAAUAUACUUGAGAUACAAGCAUUUAUUUUUGUGUCAUGCAUUUUACG